AUGAAUACCUUAAAGGAACAGAGGGUCACGGGGCGUCUUGGAGUGGAUGAACCCUCGCCUGUCAAGAGCUCUCCACCGGUAUUGAGUCCGCGUUCACCGGCUGCAGAGUCGAGGUAUUCGAGGAUUGGCUCGAGACGGCUGGCGGGCCUAAGGACCCUUUUUCGGUCCAGGAAGUCGCAGCAUUUUCGUCUGGAUUCGGAGGGUUCGGGCAUAUCGGGGACGGGGACGGGGACGGGGAAGCAGGGAAGAGGUGGGGAGGGUGCUUGUGUUUCUGGGGUUGAUGUUGGGACUGGGGCUGGCCUUGAUACUGGCACUGGCACUCCCCAGCGUGUGGGCCUUCAGACGCUUGCUCAACGCAGCGGCUACUUGAAUGACGAUAUCGAGGCGAGAAAGAUCAGUGACAAGACUGUGCAUUCACUCAAUUCGGACCUCACCAGUGUGACUGUCUGCCAUAAUCCGUCGAAACACAUGUCGAUGCCAAUCGCUCUCGCCGAACAGGGGGGUCUCUAUCACAAUCGGUACAGCGAUAUCCAGGAAGGGUCCCAUUCCACCCUGCGCUCGAGUCUAGUCCUAGACAACGGGAGGACCACCCGUGCUGCACGUCAGCCAAGUUCCGAUUGCAGUGGCGCGAGCGCGCCGUCCACGUACCCCUUCAGGGCUGCCGAGAAGCCAGACAAUCCCUUUGCUCGGGCCCACUCCAGCGAGUCGGGGGGAUCGUCAAGGAGAAGUUCGGACAUAUCUGCCGCUCUGGACGACGGUCUUCUGCUAGCGCAAGGGGAUCGGCGCGCGGCUGCUAUAGCGUUCAAUGAGCUGGCCAGUAGAUUGCAUCUGGAACGGGUUGAGCUGGUCGAGACUCAGUGUGAUCAUGGGGGAAGCGGCUGGGGUCAUCCUUCAGCUGAGCGAUCUCAUGAUAGUCGGCAUUCAUAUACAGCCACCGCAGAUCGCCUCGCAAGGCGUCGAGAUAGGUUCUACGGCCGGAUACGAACGAUGCGGUCGACAUUGCAGCUGGGAUCGUCGCCAGAUGCACCCCGCAAACGAACCUUGCGUCGGAUGAGGAGCUUUGCCAGCAUGUCGCGCCGAUCCUACGAGAUGACUUCAUUGAAGGGCAAGCCCCUGGAUCAUCUGGCUCGGCUGGGGGGACACAAUUUGCUGGCCCUGCCAGCGGACUUUGCUCCUACGAAGCUGAGGCUGCCCGUUUGCUUUGUAGCGACCAUCACCUAUCUGGGAUGCUUUGCUCCCACCGUGCGAAAUGUGUUUGUCGAUUCCGGCAAUCCCAGAAUUGCGACCCGGACGUAUGACUACUUUGCAAAUCAGGUGCUAUCGGCGGAACGAGAGCAGGAUAGGAUCCAGAUGACGGUCGGGAGCAGUGCAAUGCCGCCAGACGUGGUGAAUCCUCUCCACCGCGAUGCUGACGGCGGCGAGACUAUUCAGGUGCAGAGCGUCGCCUGGGCGUUUAAGGCUUUACUGGCCGGGCUCCCCGGCGGCAUCCUAGGGUCGGACCGGCUCUACCGCGCGCUGGUCCAGAUCUGUCACGGCCAUUUCGCGGCCGAGCAAGUCGAGCGGCGGAGCAGCUGUCUGGGUGGCUUUUCGCCCCGGGGCUACAUCAAGGUCAAGGCCAUCGGCCUCGCGAUCCUGGCACUCAGCGACUCGUUGCGCUUGAACCUCAUCUGUGGGGUCUUUGGACUCGGCGCGCUGCUGCUGCAUGAGACACAGCGGCUGGUCGAGCUGGAGCGGCAGGGGUUCCGAGGAAGCGUGUGCCGGGCCAGUGUUGGGUCGGGGCUGCUCAACGUCGACCGGCUCAGUGGAGUGCUGGGGCCACUUCUGACGGAUCGCGGGGAGAAUGAGAGUGAGGAUACGUUCCGGGCCAUUGAGCGGGAGAUUGAGGGCCAGCGGGUGGCGGGCAUGCUGGUGGACAGCUGGCGGGGGGUGAGCCGCCAACUACGGAUCUGGCAGCACCGGGGCGCCGUUGCGCACCAGCGGGCGUUCUCGCGAGGUCUCAGCGGGGAGUCGGCGGAGGAUGACUGA